AUCGUUGCGUGCAGCUCUUUAAUUUCAAUUAUCGUACCAAAAGCUUAUUUCUUUUGUGAUACCAUUUCUCAUAUAAGCUUUGUAAUUAUAUCUUAUCAAUUUUACCGAUUAUGUAUUAAUUACGUAGAAGGCGAAAGCAGAUUCAUUGUGUUAUCGAAAGAAGAAACAUUUUCACUGAGAGCACCACCAUGCUGCUGUUGUUUUGGCUGUCUGAAAAAAUCUCGAGUAACAAAACAAAAGUUCAAGAUCUUAAGAUUCUUAGUAAUACAAAUGGCCGUUGUUCAUGUGAUAAUUUUUCUAACGCUAAAUUUAAUUUCAAUCGAAAACCCAGAAGUAGCUAACAGUCUAACACCGUUUUUUGUACCGUUCAUUGCCAUCACAAUUAUAUUAGGCGUUUGGGCUUUUCAAAUUACAAUACGAAUGGUUAUUCCUUAUUUCACAAAUCUUAAUUUAUUAAAAAAAUUCAUAACGUUUCAAUUAGUGCUUGUUUUUUGCAAGCUUCAACCAAUUCUUCUUGACGUAAUUUUAAAACAUUUCAUCAUCAGCUGUGAGGGACCAUUCACGAUUAUUCAAUCACACAAAUUGUCAUUCAAGUAG